AGUGUCCUUCACAACUUGCUCCCCAAGCGAUGAGAAGCAGCUGGUCCUUCCAUGAGGUAGGGAAGCACCGAGAUGGCCUCUUCCCUCUAUGCUGAGAAGUCCUGUUAGGAAUGUACCAUGUUUAAAUGAGUACAGCAGGGUGGGAAGAACUGAAUUAGGAAUCCCAUGAGCUGAGUUGUAGCCCCUGCUCAUUCAUUCAUUCAUUUCCCUGCCUUGAGAUCUAGAAAGAAUAUACAUUUUGAAAUCAGAACAAACUGUUUUUGAACUUGCUACACUUCACCAGCGAUGUGACUUUGGGGAGGGUGAAGGGGAACCAGAGCGCACAAGGGAACUGACUGGGAGGCAGAGAAGAUGGGCAUCCUCAGCGUAGACUUGCUGAUCACACUGCAAAUUCUGCCAGUUUUUUUCUCCAACUGCCUCUUCCUGGCACUCUAUGACUCGGUCAUUCUCCUCAAGCACGUGGUGCUGCUGCUGAGCCGCUCCAAGUCCACUCGCGGGGAGUGGAGGCGCAUGCUGACCUCAGAGGGAAUGCGCUGCAUCUGGAAGAGCUUCCUCCUCGAUGCCUACAAGCAGGUGAAAUUGGGUGAAGAUGCCCCCAAUUCCAGUGUGGUACAUGUCUCUAAUUCUGAAGGAGGUGACAACAGUAGAAAUGGUGCCCAGGUGAAGAUAGUUGAUGGAGGCGAGUGCCACCUUCUUGACUUUGCCAGCCCUGAGCGUCCACUGGUGGUCAAUUUUGGCUCAGCCACUUGACCUCCUUUUACUAGCCAGCUGCCAGCCUUCAGCAAACUGGUGGAAGAGUUCUCAUCAGUGGCUGACUUCCUGUUGGUCUACAUUGAUGAGGCUCAUCCUUCAGAUGGUUGGGCAGUGCCUGGUGAUUCUUCUUUGUCUUUUGAAGUGAAGAAGCACCGGAACCAAGAAGACCGAUGUGCAGCAGCCCACCAGCUUCUGGAGCAUUUCUCCUUGCCGCCCCAGUGCCGAGUUGUGGCUGACCGCAUGGACAAUAAUGCCAAUGUAGCUUAUGGUGUAGCCUUUGAACGUGUGUGUAUUGUGCAGAGACAGAAAAUUGCUUAUCUAGGAGGAAAGGGGCCCUUCUACUACAACCUUCAAGAAGUCCGGCGUUGGCUGGAGAAGAAUUUCAGCAAAAUGAAAUCUAGAUUAGCUGGUUGAAGGUAUGAUUGUAAAAGAGUUUUUUUUUAAUUAUGUAAAGGAAAGGAAACUAAGAACUGAAUCCACCAUUUCAACUGAGUCUCAUUGUCUCCCUGAAAGACAGGAAUUUACGUGUCUGAAGAACAUAAGCUUCUAACAUCUCCAUACUUCUUUUACCACUCAAAUGGCAUUUGGCUGAAUAGUAGCCCCAUCACAUCUCUUCCUAGUGAAAAGCCCUGAGUAAAAAGAUCCCAAGAUGUAGAGGAAGAAACCCUGUUUCAACAUGUGUUCAUCUGCCUUGGGAAAGAAGUAAUACAGCUGAUGGAAGCUUUGGGACCUGAAGAACAGACUUACCUGAAUAACUACUACGUUAGGGAACUAUUAUCCUUGUUAGUAUAAGGGGUAUUGCCUAGGCUUUAUUCAGCAUGGAUAGAGCCCAACUGGAAAAUUCCCAAAUAUUUACUUAUGAUGAAUCCUUGAGUCCAGUCCUUGUGCUUGGGACUUCGUGUUUAACAAUGUUCAAGUAGUUUUUGCUGUUUUAGUUUCUAGCCAUCUGGUGCUCUCUGCCAGUCUAAAUAUCCCAGAACUCACAGAUGUAUUGGUAGAUAUCAAGAAUGAUCCCUGGAGGGUUAGAUUAUCUGAAAUCUGAGGGUUACUUUUUAGGCAGGUGGGAAAGUACUAGAAGAAAAUCAAAUUGACAAGCUAGGAAAGGAUGCAGAAAGAUGAGGAGGCUUCACAGAGUUUCACUUUGAAGCUGUGGAGAGUGGGACUAAUUUGUUAGCCACCGAAACAUUGAAACAUAAAACAUACAUGGGCCAGAAAAAGAAGCAGCUCAACUAUAAUUAGCAUUGAGAAUAUACAUAUGAAAUCAAUAUAUUUAUCAUAUACUCCUGAACUAAGGGAGAAAGGGGGAUUGAAAGAGGGGAAAAAAAAACCACACUUCAUUAUUUGUAAUUAUGAGAAUUUUUUGCUAGAAAUAAUUACUUUUUGAAACAUGUUUGUGGUAUGUAUAUUUUCAGUUGAUUAAUUAUGCCCUGCGAUACUGAUUAAAUGUAAAACCAAUAGAUCCAGUGGUACUGGUCUGUCCCUCUCCAUUCCUAAAAUUAUGAUGUGGCCCCACUCAUUCUUAGUCUUAGCCUCCAUAAUGGUGUUCUCUGAAUGCUGAGCUGGACUCGGCUCUUUCUUUAUUUAUAUAUAAAUAAAAUAUAUUCUUAGCUGCUGUGGGAGGUAGGUGCCCUGGCCAUUCCACCGUGGCACUGUUCUCCUAAAGUAGGUGAACUAUAAUGAAUAAUAGGUGCGAACAAACAAGAUUUCUUCAGCUGCAAAAUAGAGGAAGGCAAAGUUAGUUUGAGAAAAUUCUCAUUAGUAAUUUUGGAGGCUUUGAUAUAAGGCAACCCUCAGUGGCAUGGAAUUUGUUGAAAUGGAAUUUCCAUUUCCAUUUAAUUUGGACUGGGGUCUUCCUUUGUUCCAAUUAGCUGAGGUCUGGUAAUCUAAGCCCUAAAUUGUACAUUAUUAUAAUGAUAUGUGUGUGUGUGUAUAUAUAUAUAUAUAUAUAUAUACACACACACACACACACCAUAUUUCUCUUUAAAGAUACUAUAGUUUUACCUGUAAUGUAAGUAAUAGCUAAAUAUCAUAACCCCCAAAGAAUAGACCAACUCGUUUUAUAUCAUAAAUUUUUACUGUAAAUUUGAGGAUGCUGUCAAAUCACAGUAUAUGGUUGUAUUGAAUGUACAAUCAAAGGUUCUUAUGACCAUUCCAUUAAUAAUUGAAUCAUAAAAUAAAAGUAAUAGAAAAAAAUCUCAAGUUGAAAAUAUCUUCUGAAACUAGUUGCCUCUGAAAUGAGAAAAAGGUGGGAACUGAGUGUGUAAGAACCAAAAGUACAUUAAAAACAAAAAAAGCUGGAGCGAUAUAUCAGUCCUAUCACUAGUUUAUUGUUUAGAUACUAAUACAUUAUUUUAACUGAUGAUUGUGUUUUACAGCAACAUUUAAGCUUUCCAGUGUCUUAAAGUCUAUAAAACACACCCACAAAGAAACAAAGCAAAUUUUGAAAAUGUGGCAUCAUCUAAUAGAUUUCUGGAAAAUCACAUGGAGAAUAGAUUAUUUCAGACUUCUCAAUUGUUAAACUCUACACUCCAGAAUGCUCAGUGGGCCCCAUUGUAUUUUAUCUUUAAAAUGGUGUUAAGAUUAUGUGGUCCCCUAGAAAAGUAAAGUGAAAACUUGGUUGCAGCACACUCACUCUGUUGUCCUUAAACUUCCCCUUUGUUCUACAUGUACAAUAAUGGAACAGGAUGUUAGAGAAGCUGGUGGGGGGAUGAGAUUUGGCUAAGGCAGUGCUAGUUGUCUGGGUAAAAGGAUGAUGGAAAAAGCACCCAGUCAUGAUAUAUUUUUAAGGAAAGAGAAGGUUGUGUGUGUGCAAUUCCUCUCCACGAGGAUACUCCAAUGGAGAAAUGAAGCAGUGGAAGUAAAUACACAAAGGCAUAGGCUGAAUAUCAGGGAAAAAGAUAUGUUCAAUAGAACAUAGAAGACUUUCUGGAAGAAAGGCAGUUAGGGGCCAAUGAAGAAAGUGAAUUGACAAAGCUCAGGAAUCCUACAGUAUGUAGAAUGGCUUGGUGUUACCAGAGUUAUGUAACCUAUUUAUCUCAACAUGAUUUUUUAUGAUUUCCUAUGAUGUAUCUUUAGGAACAUAACAAGAACUCAUUAUUUGAGGUAGAGGAGAAUCAGUGCUUAGCUGGUAUGCUCAGAGAAAGUAUUAAAUUGUCAAUACCCACCCCACCUAUCUUCUCUUUUAUAAAGUAUGUUCCUUUGAACAAUUGUUAUUCAUUAUAUAUAUAUAUAUAUACAUAUAUAUAUAUAUACACACACACACACACAAACAAACUUUGAGUUCUUCUUAGUACCUAAACAUUCCCCCCUGCCCAUAGGCUAUGUUUACAUGGAGCUAUCAGUUUAGCCUUUUAAACUGAGUUAGCAUAUCUAUUAUUGAAAUAGUUUCCAAGCAAUUUUAGAUAUUAUCAUAGCAUCUGGAUUUACUCAAACAUUUAGUGUUUGAAAGACUUAUGUCUUGGAACUAUUCAAACUUACUUUAUUUUAUUGCUUAGAGAAAAUAGUGGAAUCAACAUGACCUUCUUGAAUGGACAUGAAUGAGAUGCCUGCACAAUGAUGUUGAAAUGUUUGAUAUAGAUAUUAAAAUGUAACUGACCUCCUUAGAGGCAGACUAGUAACUGCUCUUUGUAUAGCUAAAGUGAAGCCAUUUAACUUAUAUGACUUUUUAUAUUCAUGUUUUGGAUCUUUGGUACUAUGUCUUCACCUUGUUUAUAGAAUUUACCCUUGAUUUUUGGUAAUAUCAAGUUCUAAAUGGUCUAUUUAUUUAAAUUUUCUUGCCGUUAAGCAGAAAAUGCCUAUUCUAUAACCAAGGAAAGAAGAAAAUCCUGCUGUCUUUGAUUUUGCCUGGAGUGUAUUUCACUAUUUGGGCUCUUGAAUAAAAAAAAAUAUGAAAUAUGUUAAUAUGUUGAGGUCAUGUGUGGGUACUGCCUUGCUGCAUAAAAUACCAGAGGGGCAUAUUAAAGACAAUAUCUAUGCCUUUGGGAGAAUUUCCAGCUGGACACAGGUGUUCUUAGCAUGUCCUGUGGGUUAUGUCCACAGCAAAAGGAAUGCACUGAUGUACAGGACUUCCCAUUCUGUAAAUCUGACUGAUGGUUUGGAAAAUAAGCUUAAUUAGAAUCAUAUGGCCCCUGCAAAGGGGGAAAUGUAGAUACCAAUUACUGUCCCAUUGAAGGGUUCAUGAAAACCUCUCCAGCAUUUAGAGCUUUUCAGAACAUGUCCAAUGUCAUGUCUCUCAGCAGUGGAGAAUUCUAAUUCCAGGAACUUAAAACGAUAUUGCCAAAAAUCAGACCAAAAAAAAAUUUUAGUUAUAUUCCAACUUUCUCCCUACUUUCUCCUUUAUCUUAAAAAUAGAAUCCAAACUUAGUCUUCAUAUGUACAUCCAGAAUGGGGUAUAAGUAUCAAUUUCUGCCUUGGUGAUUUGCAAUCUCUUCGUAGUAUCUUGAGGUCCUCUGUGAAAGAAGGUAGUAGGGCCUGGGAAAGCCAGGAAGUUGCUAACCUGGAAGAACGAGGUCCUGUGAAUUUGGUCUAUUGAUUUGGGAAGGUUUGAAAAGAUAAUUCUCACCAUUGGAAGAGGGCUGCUAGGUGUCAGUGAAUGACUUUAGGAAGAGCCAAACAUUGGGCCACUUCUUAACACCUUAUGUUCUGGAUAGCACCAAAAGCAAGGUCGCCGACUUAAGAGACCCAGCUCUGUUCUAAGAUGAGUCUGAUACAAUAGAAAGAAAACAUGUACAGAUAUCCAAAAAAAACCCUGCUCAUGCAAGUCAGGGCUUGCUGCCCAUCUCAGGCAGCAGUACCAGAGCUCUAGGGAGUUUAUUUACUAUUUACUGGGGAGAUCUCAAGGACCAAGGAGAUGUUAAAUGUAGUCACUAUUUGGGCUCUCCCCCUCCCCCAAAAGCAAACAGGUAAACACAUAAAUGAAAGAAGCCCACAGAAGGGGGUGGGAAAUAAAUUAAAAAAUCUCUCAAGCCUUCUCCAGACUAUGUCACUGGCCCACGUACUUUUUAUGUGUGUUAGGAUGAAAGAGUGUGAAGACAUAAGUAUCCAGUACUUUAUAACCAAAGCAAUUAAAAGAAAUUGGGUAGGGAAUGUUGGCCAGUUUCAUUUUCUUUUGCAUCACAUUAUCACCAGACUAUAUCACUAGCCCAAGCAGUCGGGCACCUGGAGAGGGAGAUUGGGACGUGCAGAGGUGACCAGUGUGCAAAUGAUAACUACUGAUGAAAGAGUCACUGACUCAGUUAGUGGUUGGAUGUAGUCACAUUAGUUUUCCUCUGCCCAUCUUUGUCUCCCUAGCAAGGAGAAUAUUUGGGGCAUGAUGCUAUGGGCACUGGGUAAAUGUGGUAAGAAUGCAUGUGUGUAUUUCUCUGCUUCUCAGUUGCAGAAACAGAAACGCUUUGGAGAUUAUCAGUAGAAAGAGUGUUAUAUUGGUGCUGAGUGGUACG